GAGUUAAAUAAUUCUACUCGCCAGCAGACGUCAACGCUAAAUUCGUCCGAUUUUAAUUUUUUAAUUAUCCUCCGACGCAAAUCUACUGUUAUUUAACAUCGUCAGUGACUGGAAAAGUGAUAAAAUUCAAUAAACCUAAAGAUGCCACGAGGUAAAUUUACAAACCACAAGGGACGCAAUCGCAAAUUUACCAGCCCCGAGGAGUUGGAGGAGCAAAGGAAGCUAGAGGAACAGAAGAGCAAGUGGAGAAAGGACCAUGGAGAAGCCUCCACUGAAGAAGAGUCAGAAGAAGAAAAAUCUGGGUCUGGUAGCGAAGACAGUGAUUCUGAUGACGAUGGGAGACCAGUGAAAGCAAAGGGUGUAUCUGGUCUAAUUGAGGUAGAGAAUCCUAACCGCGUAGUCAAGAAAAACAAGAAACUAAACAACUUGGAUAACUUAGGAGAGGGAGAAAAACCUCAAUUAUCAAGACGUGAACGUGAAGAGAUAGAGCGGCAGCGCGCAGCAGCGGCGUAUCAAAAGUUGCACGCAGAAGGCAAAACCGAGCAGGCACGUGCCGACUUAGCGCGACUCGCCGUCAUCCGCCAACAACGGGAAGAGGCCGCUAAGAAACGCGAGGCAGAAAAAAAAUCUAAAGAGGAAGGUACUACAACAAAGAAAAGGUAGAUGAAUGGUCCGACGACGAUAGACUCCAAAUACGUUCACCGUUCUCUAUUUAAUGUACUCAAAAACCGUCUAGGCAGCUUUCCAAAAUCAAAAAGGAAAAAUAAUCGGGUCUUGAUUUUUGAGAAUAUUUAUUCCUGAGCGAUAUUUUUUUAAUUUUCACUGAUCGAAGCAAGAAUAUGUCCAUAUCAAGAAACCGGACCAGUCGGUGACGCCUGAUUCGAUAGCCUCUGACAUUUGAUUUGGCAUUUUAUUGCAUGGACUAUUGAAAUUUAAUUUAAUAAAAUGCUCUUAACGAUCAACAAAUACGACCACCAUUGCCAAUGGAUAGUUACUUGUUCAAAGUCUUCUUUCCCAUUGACUUUAAAAAUCAAGGCUUGAAUUUCAUCCAUUUAUCACCAAAUGCGUAAUAACAAAUGCUGCCCAAUUUGCCAUCAAAUAUUUAAGUAUCGGCGUUGACGUUAUUACUUUAUAAAAUUUUCAACGAAAAGUCAUCUAAAACCCACAACUUGAUAUAUCCUGUUCAUCUUUUGUGCGUAAACGUUCUAAGCACACAUAACUAAACCUAAUUUGUUUUCUGAUGGGAAAAAUAACGUAAUAAACUGCCUAUGCAACAUUUUUUUAAAUUAAAAAAAAUAUACACAAUUAAAAUUUUAAUUUUUUUAAAUCCUCUUUUAAGAUAUUAAAAAAUUGCAUCCAUCUCUAAUACUCUGCAAGUAAUAAUAUGAUACAUAAAAAUAUAUAAGCAUGUGCGAGUGUUGAUCCAGGGAUAUAGAUUUUAUUGUAUAUUUACUUAGACAAUUUAAAUAUACUUCGUUUCAUUCCAUUUUAAACAAAAAGUAAACGAAGAAGUCACUGAUCUGACCAUAGACGGUUUAGUGAUGGUCAAUUGUAAUUCAAACUAAAAAUCGAUUAAUUUAAUUGUGUAUCGAUUUGUUUAAUUGAGACAUACUAGCAGUUUUCCUUACAUGAAUAGCAAAAAUACAUAACCUAUAAAAACGUAUUUGAAAUUUCCGAAAUCUUAAUUUUAAAUCCUCCUUCAAAUCUUUACACUUAGAUACUCAUUCGAUUGCGAUUGAACUUUUCGAUUUACCAAUCUAUUACAAAAACUUUAAUUGAAUGAAUGGAAUGUUUUUUUCGUACAGCGCUAUGCAACCACAUACAAGUCAUUGAAGUAUAGAUGAAAAAUUAUCUCACUUUAGAACUACCAUUUUUCAAAUACGAUUUUACGAUGCUAUUCAAAUGAAUAUUCUUCGAAAAAGUGAUGACAUAUCAAGUCGAAAAGUUCGAAAUAUACGUGACAGUGUUAUUUAUUCGAUUUAUUGAGUGAUUGCUUUUUUUUUUAUACCUCUUGGUUGUACUGUAUUUACCUAAUGAUAGCCAGUGUGUGGAGGAACAUUUCACCCCAAAAUACAAGCUUUUGCUUAGUUUGGGAUUCGGUAGUUAAAACAUUUUAUAUAAGUAGCACAUACAUACAAUCAGUGAAAUAAGUUUUUUUUUAUGUAACAUACCCAUUGUUUUUAAUUUCGCUGUGUAUAUGAAUAAAAUAAAUAUUAUUAUUAUUGCUUUAGAAUUUUAACCAAACAGGUUUGUUUACUUUUUGUUGAAAAUGGAUUGGAACAGACUAUACAAUGAUUAUGCGGGGUGUCUCCAAAUAUGUCUAAACGUUGGAAUUGAAAGCAUAUAAUCAAUUUUUGAGACUUUGAACUAUAUAAAAAUUAAUGUUGUGUAGAGAUAUAUUGUUCUAAUGUACCUAUUUUAAAAUAAUUAUUUUCUAUGGUUGACAAAUUAUUUAAUUGUUAUUCUCAAGGUUUUGCACUUAUGUAUUAUACAAUUUUGAAAUAUCUAUCUGUUAAUUUAUUUAGCAUCAUUUAGAUUUUAACGAUUACUGGUAUAAUGUGUUGCAAUAUUUAUUGAUAGGUAUAUUGAUUAUAAAUAUGUCCAAACCACCACAAUAAACAAAAAAAAUAUGU